CCACGCUCGCUCAUCGAGGAUUCUCAGCAACAAAUCAAAUCAUAAAUAAAUCAGAUGAGCUGCUCAUGUUGCACAAAUAUGGAUCCCACAAACUAAAACCAAAACCAAAACCAAAACCAAGACGCCUCCUCUCUCAAGAAGUGGCCUUCAUGCCUUAUUUUAUGACGCAGGAAAUUUCUCAACUUGCCAGCUUUUGUUCUUCUGAUUCAAUUUUGCAUUAGUGGGAGGGUUGAAACUUAACAAUGAGACCCGGCCCCUUCCUCCUGACUUAUUCUGUCAUGAGGAAGGGGAGGUGCAUGCCGUGUCAAUAAGCCUUCGGAGCUGUGUCUAACUCUAAAUUAAGAUCAUGGCCUCCGAGGACACCAGGAGCGCUGCCAAGAAAGAAGAGAAUUUGAUGGGGAAAGAUGCAGAGGAAGAGAUCGAUAGCAGUGAGGAGGAGAGGUUCAAGAGGCAGAUGAGCGAGGCCGCUCUCUAUGCUACAGAAGACGAGGAUGAUGAUGAAGGCAAUGGAGCUCAAGGUAUUGAGUUGGGGCCAAGAAUUAGCCUCAAGUCUGAGAUCGAAAAAGAUAAGGAUGAUGAGAGCCUUAGGAGGUGGAAGGAGCAGCUAUUAGGAAGUGUUGAUCUCAACUCAGUUGGAGGCAACUAUAAUCUUCCCUCAAUAAAUAUAUAUAAUCUGUAAUUAUCAAUAUCUUAUUGUAUAUGUUUUCUUUUGUUUUGUUGUAGAGACCUUGGAGCCAGAGGUUGAGAUCCUGAGCCUUUCAAUCGUUUGUUCUGGUAGGCCGGACAUUGUUCUGUCAGUUCCUGUGCCACCACCAAACCACAAACGUCCUUGGUUUAUUCUGAAAGAAGGUAGCCAUUACAAGCUCAAGUUCACCUUCAUGGUCCGCAACAACAUAGUUUCUGGAUUGAAGUACACUAACACAGUUCGGAAGGCCGGCAUCAAGGUGGACAAAGCAAAAGAGAUGCUUGGUACUUUCAGCCCUCAGCUUGAGGCAUACACAUUCGAAACAUCAGAAGAGAUCAUCCCUUCUGGCUUCUUUGUUAGAGGAUCAUAUUCUGCAAGAAUGAAGUUCGUCGACGAUGAUGGCAAGUGUCACUUGGUGAUCAACUACAGCUUUGACAUCCGAAGAGAAUGGCCAUCGUCUAGUUGAGAAUGAACUAUUUCCUUUUGACAAAUUCUUGAUUAUUUAUGGUUUUGAGCUGAAAUCUAAACUCCUCCGAUAGAAAGGCUAAAUUUCUUGAGUUACAAGAUGAAUGAGUGUACUCCUUUCUUUUGUUUCCUUUAUUUCUUGAG